AUCUAUAUUCGAGUGGAAGAGAAGUUAGAAGAAUUGGCCAUUCAAAUCAUUAGUCAAAAUUGUCCGUUAGAAAGUCCCUUCCACAAAAUCGUCCAGGCAGCGAAGAAAGAGGUCAGCUUCGACGGCCAAAUAAGGUUGAGUCAAAUAGUUCACCAAGUUGCUAAAAGCAAGCGAGAAAGAGAGUUAGUGGAGCAAGAGGAAAAGAGAUUACUACAGCAGGCUCAGAUCUAUUUGGCAGCAUCAACUUACAAAAUCCUGCCCAACCUCACUACCCUCUAA